CAAUUUCUCCCAAAACCGCUUUCUACGCUCAACGCCUCGUUUGCCCACGCCAACAGCGGCCAAAAGAAGGAUACAGAGACUUCAGAGGCCAGAAAGAAAAAACCAUGCCAAAACUAGAGAGAGAAUCCAGAUCCUCUCUUUCUCUCAUUUUCUCUCUAUUCCAUUUCUUUCCAUCAUCAAUCAAAAGGAGGAGGAAUCAAGAUGAGCGUGAUAGAUAUUUUGUUCAGAGUCGAUGAAAUUUGCAAGAAAUACGACAAGUACGACAUCGAUAAGCAGCGAGAGCUCAAUGCCUAUGGCGAUGACGCCUUUGCUAGCCUCUACGCCUCGGUUGAGGCCGACAUUGAAGCUGCUCUCAAUAAAUCUGAGCUGGCUGCAAUAGAGCAGAACAGGGCUUCUGCGGCUGCAAUGAAUGCAGAGGUUCGUAGGACUAAGGCUAAAUUGAUGGAAGAACUCCCAAAGCUGAAAAAAUUGGCUCACAAGAAGGUCAAAGGACUUUCAAAAGAAGACCAAGCCAUCCGGCCUGACCUGGUCCUUGCACUGCCAGAGAGGAUUCAAGCCAUACCAGAUGGGAUUGCAGCAGCGGCAAGCAAACAAACUGGAGGAUGGGGAGGAUCAGCACCUAAUAAAAAUAUUAAGUUCGAUUCGUCGGAUGAUUACCUUAAUGAUGGAUUUUUCCAACAAACUGAAGAAUCAAGUCAAUUUAGACAGGAGUAUGAAAUGCGGAAGUUAAAACAGGACCAAGGCCUUGAUGUUAUAUCAGAAGGAUUGGACACACUAAAAGAUUUGGCUCAUGAUAUGAAUGAGGAAUUGGAUAGGCAAGUACCUUUAAUUGAUGAAAUUGAUGCAAAGGUGGAUAAAGCAACUUCAGAUCUUAAAAAUACAAAUGUUAGACUUAAGCAAACAAUUGUCCAGUUGAGGUCCAGUAGAAACUUCUGCAUUGACAUUGUUCUGCUUUGUGUAAUACUUGGAAUUGGUUCCUAUUUAUACAAUAUAUUGCAGUGAAUGGAUUUCAAGGCCUUGAUCUGCUGCAUGCUUGAUGAUAACGUCGUCUGGUAUAGCAAUUUCAUCAUUCGAGGGCUCUUGUGUACUCUCUUGUUAUCACAAAUAUAUUUUCAUUUAUUACUGUCCUCAGGAAAUUAUUUCGCAUUUGGUGUUCUGUAUUAAUAGUUUGAAAUAAUUGUUGAAGCUUUAAGCAUAUGGAUCCAGUUCAAGUUUGCUUCUAUAAUACAUUACACCUAAUUUGUCUGUCA